AUGUCCAUCUACGAAAACAUAGCCGCAACACGAGACCGGCACAGCCAAAUCCUCUCCUCUCUAGCAGCCGUAGACCGCGCCCCCGCAGCCCUAAAGUCGCACGAUGCCUACCUCUCCGACCUCCGCGACGAGCUCAACCAAACGAAUCGCAACCUGAAGGCAAUCCAAAAACACACACAAGCCGAGCGCGAGAAACACGCCAGCUACAGGGACAGCACCGUCCGGCGGCUGAUGUACCGGGCAACGGGGAAGCGGGCGGACUUUGAAGAGCGCGCGGAUAAGGAGAUGAGGGAGUACUAUAGUGCUGUGGAAAGAGAGAACGAGACGCAGGCGCGGAAUGAGAUGCUUGAGACGCAGAUUGGCGAGGCUGUGAGUCGGAAGAGGGAGUUGCAGCGGGCGUGUAAUGAGCGUGCGGCGCUGAGUGAUGAGCUGGAGGCCAUGUAUAGGAGUUUGUUCGAGGGUCCGACGGAGGAGUUCCCCGAGGAGGAUGCGCAGGAGCAGGUUACGAAGACGGCGCAGAGACGGUAUGGGGAGUUGAGUGAGCGGCUGGACAAUAUCAACCGGGCGGCGCAGUGUCUGGCGAAGGCGCAGCUGGCGAUUAAGCAAGCGAUGCUGAGUCUGUUUGAGGCCGUAAGGCAUUGCGAGAGGGAUAUUUGGGGGUUUGGGGGUCUUCUUGCGGAUAUGGGCCAGCAGAAUUGUCUCUCGCAGGCGCAGCAGAAGGUCAGCCAGACGCAGAUGCUGGUGAACCAGGCGAUGCGCCUUGAUCGCCAUGUGCAGCCGCUGCCGGCGAUGAAUAUAGUGCAGCAUGACAUGAUCAGCGGGCUUAUCUUUGACAAUGCGUUCUAUAACAUCAACUUCCUGAAGAGGGUGCAGCAGUCAUUCAACGAGGUGAAACUGGCCGAGCACGCCCUGGGGGUGCAAUUAAGGCGCACAAAGUCUCGCGCAGCAGAUAUGCAGGAGGACGUCGGUGAAGCCACAGUCACUCUCGACAGCGCGCAAAAGGAGCUUCGCAGGAUCAGGGAACAGGCCUUUAUGCAGGCUGCUGAGCCGCCGCCGCCGUAUUCAGAAAAGACUUCAGAAGUCGAGUCAGGGCUGGAAGCGCCUCGAAUGUAA